AUGAAAAGAGGAAAGAGGAAUCUUAAAGGAAGCAAACUUGGAGAAGAAGCAUCUUCAAGCACCAUUAAAAGAAACAAACACCUUUCGGGAUCCCAAGGUGGAAAUUCAUCGAGGAAACAUCAGGAAAUAAAUGAAAACAGUGACAACGGAUCAGAUACAAUAACACUUCAAGAUCAACCACAUACCAUCAAGACCUCUAGCUUGAAGAAAUCACAAAGAUUGGCAGAAACAAAGAUUUCUUAUUGUACUCCACAAAAACGUAUUGUUCCUAUGCAUCAGAAAAUGACAUUUUCAUCAGUGAUGGUAAAAGGUCAAGACAAGGCAGCUAAAAAAUCCGAGGGCAGAUUAGAGAAAACUAAAUCACCAACCGUCAAACAACUAGCUAGCAUCAAGUAGGAAGAAGCCAGCUCAAAUCAGUGCAAUAAGGAAUAUCACCUACAAUGCCCAAUGAAACAUCGGAUCAUAAUGAGAAAGGAACUUCCUUAGCAAAGAAGCCAUCAUCUCAGCGGAGAAAGCAUACAACCAUUCCAAAAGAGCCAAACUUCCAUAGCCUUCAAGCGCCGAAAAGCUGCCGAAGAGUGUAGCAUAAUGCACAUGUAUCAUAAUCGUCUCGGUCAUUGUCACCCUUUUUCUUUUAAAGAUUUUUUUUAUUUGCUUGCUUGAAGUAUUUUGAUAGCAGUAGUGUUGAGGGAAUUCCAAGUUCCUAUCUAAGUUAUUGUAUUUAAGCUGUAACAU